AUGCCCCUGUUCAAAAAUCUACGCAGUCGCUCCAGAUCCAGCUUCCGAAGUACAUCGCGGUCAACAGAAAAGUCCAAUGGAGCCCAGUCCAAUGGCGACGUGACCUCUGGAAAGUCCUCCUCAACUAUUGAUUCGGUAUCCUACAGCUCGGUCACUCCACCAUCUUCUAUCAAACCCGCCGCCUCUGCCCAGAAUCUGUCAUUGAAUGGCUCCAAUGGCACCUCCAACGGCACGAACCCUCCGCUUGCUGUACCUCAGCAGCGCCCACCUCCUGUGACGACCCCGUCCCAACGCAAUAGCUACUUUGGUGGUAGCUCAGCAUCGAUCAACGGUGCCGCCCGGUCACCGGCCCCAUCCUCCCCCUACGCUCCUAGAAUCAUUUCUAUUACCGAAAAUGCCUGGGUUCACCAAAAGGUCCUUUUAAUAUAUGGCCAAGUUGGAGACCCAAGACAGCACCCGCUGGACGGAAGCAUAACCGUUAAUCAUCACCAAGAUAACUUUCCCCCAGUUUCCUGGCCUGUCAAUUCAUCUCAUUUCAAGGCCCUUGUGCAUCUCGUUCCUGGCCCGAAUCGCCUACGCCUCGACUUCGUCUCUACCAAGUCAUCGUCUGGCAACUUACACCAUGCCACUCAUACCUCUUGGAUUAAUAUAAAUUACCUCCCGUUAUCUAAUUCGCCGCCUCUGCAUCUGGUUAUGCUUCUGGGGAAAGAUUCCGAUGGCACAUAUGACACGGCACCGGAGAAGACGAACCGUGAGGGCGACAACUUGGAAACUGCGAUUCGAAAAUACCGAAUGGCUGCGUACCUUUGGCAAGCAUUCACUGGAGAACAAAUGUUCCGUAAUAAAUUGGGGCGUCGAUGCUUUCGUUUCGAGGAAGAAUGGCAGACCGGCAGUCUCAGUCAACGUGAUGCGGCAAAUGGUCAAAUGCGAAACGAGGCAAAGAUUCAUAUCGUUCGUACCGACAAAACGGUCGCGGAGCUUCGGGACCUACAACUUGCCCAACAGUAUGGUCCAGCCACUAGGAAGGAUGAACUAUUCCGUAUCGCACAAGAGGCUGUGAAGAGCCAUUUCGACCUAAGAUCGGGACAAAAACAGUAUGUCUCUGUCUUGCUCCUCGAUUCUCAUUGGGACACAGAGUCACAAACUGUAACCGGCCAUGCGGCCUUGGGUUCCAGCAGUGGAGACUUGAAGAUGGCAAUGUUUGGGUCCCACUGCCUUCAAAGUUAUCCGUCGAGUCUAGAAGAGGUAAUAGAUGCUUUCUCCGACUGUACCCGGACGAAUACAAACUAUGUCGCCAACGAUUGUGGCGAGGCUGGCUCUAGCUGGGAAUCCGCUAACAUAGGCAUCGGGGCUCAUCUCCACGAAGUCGGCCAUCUUUUUGGCUGUCCGCAUCAGGAGUCGGGGAUUAUGCUCAGAGACUACGUUCGCCUCAACCGCUCCUUCGUGACCCGGGAACCCUUCUCCACGCGGACAAAGACACAAGGUCUGCAUCCGUGCCUGCCCCAGGAUGAAUGCUCCUGGCAUCGAUUGGACGCUUUGCGUUUCCGGUUUCACCCGUGCUUCCGGCUUCCUAAUGAUGCCCCUAUGAGCCUGGACGACAGCGUUCAGGUCUGGCCAGUUGAGAAUGGCAAGAUCUUGCUGACCGCUACCACUGGAGUUGCGUUCAUUGAGCUGUACUCGGAGGGGGACGAGGUGUGCCGCAAUUUCAUUGAGUACAUCAACACCGAAUCGACUAGUAACGGGCUCCCAAAACAAGUCACCGUGACUGAGAGCGAGCUGCGGCAACGAGUUUUCGGCACCGACAAGGAGAAGAAGAAGCAAAUUAAAAUGACAAUAUUUUCUGUGAAGCUGCCGAAGGGCGUUGGCCACCGAGGCUGCAAGCUUGGAUUAUCACAGCUGCCCGAAAGUCAACCGGAACAGCUCCUCCUGGACUGUGCUUUCCAGUAUACCAAGCUGUUGACAUCUAUCAGAAUUUAUCACGAUGGCAGAGUGCAUGGACUUGAAUUCAUGUAUGAGGAUGCAACAAGUCAGUUGUUCGGGAAACAGGAAGGGAAAUCUGACGAUUUUGUGCUGGACACACGUCGUGGAGAAAUACUUCUAGGCUUCUAUGUCCGAGCUGGACACUGGAUCGAUGCUAUCGAGGUUUUGACUAGCUUAGGUCGAAAAUCUGGCGUUUUCGGUAACGCCACCGGGGGCUCAGGAUAUAACCUGAUACCUCCCCUGGGCUAUAAAAUCGCGGGCCUUUCGGGAAGCUGCGGAGAUUGGGUCGAUGGCUUCUCCCUCAUAAUCAUGCACUGA